AUGUACCAAGAAAGAGGAAUCAAUCGCUUGCUCGCUGCAUCUAAGCAUUUACGGAAAGCAAAGUGCAAGUUUGCGGAAGUGCCAGAUUCAGUAAUAGCAUCGCAGACCCAUGUUCAUGCAUACUACAAGUAUAUCCAGAGAGGUAAUACAGACCUGCUCGUCGUCCGUACCGCCAUCGCCAUCAUCCCGGCUUUCCAGGUUUCCAACGCCUCGGGGAAAGUUGGAGAAACUCCACGCCGUAAGCCUGUACUCCUCAUCAAGAAAUUUGGAAUUGCAAAAAGUGAACCCCCAAGCUAUCACAGAUUAUUACACGACCGUAUCUCGAUCCAGCGCAGUCAUUUCGAUGAAGGAAUCCACUCCUUUCUGACUGACCUCGUCGUCUCCCGCACUGGCCGUGUCAUCCUCGCUCUCGGCGCCGAAAUCCUUCGUCUCCUGCAGACCCGUCCGUACCUACUCGUACGAGACUCCACACUGGCUAAACGAAGACGAUGGGAGGCAAAGCAAAGUCCUUCGACUAGGUCAUACCGCCUGCAGCAUCUAGAAGAUGGGAGCAUGAUGAACGAUCCCAAACUUACACGUGAUCGCUGUUUGACUGAGGCUCUUCAUGCUCCAGCUGUCACACCGGCAUCACUGAAGUACAUCAGCAGCAGUAGUGAGAACGUCUCGUUAAGGAGGGAUCACGAAAAGGCAUCGCGGAGUGCCAGACCAACCAUCGACAUCGAGGAAGUGGAAGACCAGAGUCCAGCUUCAUAUCAGUCAAUGACUUCCCAUGUCUUUGGCCUUGCUUCUACCCCUUCCCACCCUUUCGUCGCCUUUGACCUCUUCCUCGUCCUUGUGCUCAGGGCUCCUGCCUGGAUCAAUGGUAUCAAGUCAUCAAAGGCAGACACCAUCCCGCCAUACAUGGGUUGA